UGAUUACAAUGAAUUCUGAUCUUGGUGAUGCAUUGGUGAACUUUUUACUGGUUUUUUGUAUGUUCAGUUUGUCUCAUGGUGACCCGAUAAGAUGCAGAAAUGACCAAGGAGAUUCUGUCGACUGGUCAGUUGUUUACAAAAUACCAAAGGAAGCAAAAAAUUAUCAAUCCAAUGGACUUGAAGCUGUUUAUUUAUCGGACAAAGGUGAAAGUUCAUGGAAACUAUCAAAAUACCUAAUGAAUGAUGAGAAAAAUUUGAUCGGAUUAACAUUGUCACCAUUGUAUUCCUCUGGUGGAGAUUCAUCUUUAAAUUAUAUUCUUUAUUCUGAUCAACCUCAUAAAGGAGAUACUCUGGGGGCUGGAGGUCAUUCCAAAGGGGUCAUAGUUUUUGACUCAACAUCGGGCUACUGGUUAAUCCAUUCGGUUCCCUCAUUCCCACCCGAUCCAGCGACUUCAUCUCGUUAUGAUUAUCCUGCCACCGGAACAAUCAACGGACAAAUAUUUCUAUGUCUUUCUUUUAACACUCACGACAUGCUAUCGGAUAUAAUUGAACAAUUGCUUUACAUUCAACCUCAUGUAUUCAGUAAUUCAUUGAGUCAAUCAGCUUUCCAACAAUUUCCCCAAUUAAGUUCACUAAUUGGCAAAAAGUGGAUCAAACAGCCUCACAAUCAAUUAACUCUGAAAACUAUUGGUGGACAAUCACUGAUCAGCUUUGGAAAAAGUCCCGAUGCUCAUAUUGACAUUUAUUCACAAUUAGCGGCUCAAUCAUUGAAGACUGACCUGUUAGCCGAAACCUGGAGGAGAGGAGCUGGUGGACCUUUACCCUCUGAAUGCCAAUUAACUUAUCAGGUUGUUAAUAUCGACGAAAUCACAAUCAACUAUUCAGACAAAUCAGCGGUUUGGUCUUACAUGGAGGACCAUUCAAAAUGGGCGAUUAGUGGACAAUCAACUAAUCCAUACAUUUGCAUCGGUGACAUCAACCGUAUGGCCUCACAGGCUAAACGAGGCGGUGGCCUGGUUUGCAUGAAGAAUCAGCGGGUUUGGAAAGCUCUUCGUGGUUCCAUCAAUCAAUUUGAACCAUGUCCUCGAAAUAAUUCCCAGAGAAAUCAAUCAUUUUUCCAACGGGCUCUCCAUUUUUUCACCAACAUAUUCACUUCUAAAUUUUCACUUCCAGCGAAAACAAUCACCAGAGAUCGAAGGAAAAAGGAACUCAGAUGAAACGGGAAACCAUCGAUCAGAUCAUUCCAACGGAAAUAUCAUAUCACUCGAGUGACUCAGUUCUCACAAUCAACUUACAAAAAUCAUAAAUUAUUUUUUGACGAAGAAACAAUCUAAUCAAUUUGACGAUAAUCAAUGAAAUUAUUUACAAAAAUCUGAUCAGCGAUUUAAUUGUUUCAAAUGAUGACAUGAGAAAAAAACAUCAUAUGUGUUUUUGUCUUGAACAUUUUUAAUUAUCUUUUGAUGUAAAAUCAUUGAUUGGUUGUAAUUGAUAUUUAAAACAAUCAAAAUUUGAUUAUAAAGCAAUCACCAUGUUACGAAUUGA